AUGGAGGACAGAAUACAGUUUGACAUCAACGACUCGCUCAAGUAUUACUUGAGCGAUCCGACUUCCGUCCCCACUCCCGAUGUCGACCCCGAACUCCUCGACUGCGAAACAGACCCAGAACAGUUGUCGACCGCGCUGAUCGACAAUGUAUUGAAUCCGAUUGUGGACGGGGUGGCGGAAAACCCUGAAGGGCUGAACAGGUCGUCAUUUUUUGAUUCAUUGCAAUUCUUGUUAAAGUAUGGCCCAACCCUGACCCCAAUAAAGGCUUUACCCCGCCAUGAACCAGCUCUGAACUUCGUGAACUCCUGCAGAUACACACCCUUCCUCCCUCCGAAAUCCCUUAGCAAAGUUCUUGACCUGAUCGUAUCCGGUUUGUCAGUGGAGGCAGAUAUCAUCCAUGGCGAUCUCGAAUCCGACGAGCAGGAUGCGAUCCAGCAACACAAGCAACUACUGGAGAUGUACGGCUUCCUUUUGCAGUGGGCUCUGUCCGCUGUGGAAGUGAAGGCCGCAGAAAAGCCAGCCGAAGCGGCGCCUGCUCGACGAGGAGGCACCAAGUCGAAGUCAAAGUCGGCCAAGGAUGGCCACUGGGACUGGACGCCGCAGAUCCAAAUAUCCAUGGAAACCAUGUGCAAGGUGAUGAAGCUCAAGCUGGGACGCAUUUUCUUGACCACUUCGGACCGAGACACAUUCAUCAAUCUCUUUACGCGAACAAUUUAUCUCGUUUUGGAGAGCGAACAGCGGGUGAAAAGCAUGACUAUUCGCAUGCAUGCCUUCAAAGUUUUAUGCAUUGCGGUUAAGCACCAUGGCCAUGCCUUUGGUGCCCAAACAUCCAUUGUACAGAGCUUGACAUACUUCGAGCACCUUUCCGAACCCAUGGCUGAAUUCCUCCACAUCUUGGCCGAGCAAUACGACUACCCUCAGCUCUCCGAUGAAAUUUUGAAGGAACUUGGAAACAAAGAAUUCAACUCAAAUGAUACCCGCGGCCCGAAAUCGGUCUCCGCAUUUAUCAUCAAGCUGUCUGAACUUGCCCCCAGAUUGAUCAUUAAGCAAAUGACUCUUUUGGCCAAGCAGCUCGACAGUGAGGCCUACACGCUUCGGUGUGCAGUUAUUGAGGUUUGCGGAAACCUCAUCUCCGAUUUGAGCCGGCAGGAAGAGCGCAGCGAAAACUAUAAGACACAAAUCAAUGCCUUCUUCGACGUAUUAGAGGAGCGAUUCCUUGAUAUCAACCCUUACUGCCGCUGCCGUGCCAUCCAAGUGCUAAUGCGGAUCUGCGACUUGGAGCAGAAGUUCCCCAAGCGCCGACAGGCCGCGGCUGAGCUUGCCGCGAGAAGCCUCGAGGACAAAAGCAGCAAUGUACGACGCAACGCUAUCAAACUUCUGUCGAAACUCGUUGCCACUCAUCCGUUUAGCGUCAUGCACGGUGGACUGCUCUCAUACAAAGAAUGGAACGAGAGACUCGAUGGGGUUGAUAGUGAAUUGAAUGCUCUCCGUCCUCCUGAGACGCCUGGGUUUGAUGGCGAUCUGACACAAGUUGACCCCGAGCUACUGGACGAAGCGACUCAGCUGCCAGACGACUCACCCUCCAAGGCGCCUCGAAUGACCGAGGAGGAAAAGGCCACAGCCGUGAAGAAAGCUGCCGAGCAAGCCGCAACAUCUGAGUUGCUGACCCGAUUGCAGCUGACGAGGAAGUAUUACAAUGAGGCCAUUCGUUUCAUCGAGGUCCUCCAUUCGGGAUCUACCAUUGUGUCGCAGCUGCUCUCCUCUCGAAACAAGAGUGAAGUCAUCGAGGCCAUGGACUUCUUUGUCGUUCUCGAUGCGUACAAGGUCGAAACUGCCCGCACUGGUAUCCGUCGCAUGCUACGCCUGAUCUGGACCAAGGGAAACAGUGACGAGGGCAAGGGUGUCCAAUCGCAUUUGAUUGAUUGCUAUAAGGGCCUCUUCUUUGAUGCGCCAGACUCCUUCAGUCCUAACGACUCUGCGAACUACAUCGCCCGCAACAUGAUCAGUUUAACUUUUGGUUCCACCCCGGCAGAACUCACCUGCCUUGAGCAACUGUUAAGUACCAUGAUGAAGGCCGGUCAUGUCUCCGAGACAGUGGUCGCCAAACUGUGGCAGGUUUACAGUGUCCAGAAAAAGGAGAUUUCCAAAACGCAGCGUCGAGGUGCAAUCAUUGUUCUUGGCAUGCUCGCCUUGGCAGACCCCGAGGUGGUGAUCAAGGAAAUUGAAGCCAUGCUACGUAUUGGCCUUGGUGGACAUGGGAGGUCUGAUCUUGUUCUCGCCAAGUACACCUGCAUUGCCCUGCGACGUAUGGUCCCUGGACGACAAGCCAAAUCCAAAGAGAUCGGAAUCCCUAAGCUUGCCAAUGAUCACUCUGUCCUAACUAAACUUGCCGCCAUGCUGGAGAUUGUCUCUGAGAGCAAGGAGUGGUAUGGCGUUGCCGAACAAGCUAUUAGCGCUAUCUACACCCUUUCCAAACACCCCGAUGUCCUCUGUUCGGAUAUCCUUCGGCGAAAGACGCGUUUCGUCUUCCAGCCUCACCUGCAACGCCCUUCGUCUUCUCACACUUCCGCUAGUGUUGAAGAGCAGCGCCCUGGAACCGCAUCCAGUGAUGAGCAGGCCUCAAAGCCUAAGCCGUCUUCCGCGGCGCUCUCGCAACUUUUGUAUGUUGUUGGGCACAUCGCGAUCAAACAAAUUGUUCAUCUUGAAUUGUGUGAACUCGACUUCAAGCGUCGCAAGGCAGAACAAGAAAAGAACAAAGCGGCAGAGUCUGUUGCUCAGAAUAACGUGGACAACGCUGAGGAUGAUGAGCUUGACCUCAUCGGUGGUACUACCGAGGACGAUUUCACUGAUGCUAUGGCUCACAUCCGUGAGCGUGAGUUGCUUUACGGAGAGAACUCACUUCUUUCCAAGUUUGGCCCUCUUGUCGCUGAAAUCUGCGCUAACAACAAUGCGUAUCCGGAUCGUGACCUACAGGCAUCGGCCACCUUGUGCCUGGCCAAAUUGAUGUGUGUCUCUGCCGAAUACUGCGAGAAGAACCUACCACUUCUGAUCACCAUCAUGGAACGGUCCAAUGAUCCUAUCGUGCGCAGCAAUGCUGUCAUUGCUCUGGGUGAUAUGGCUGUUUCUUUCAAUCACUUGAUUGAUGAGAACACGGAUUUCUUGUAUCGUCGUCUCAAUGAUGACGAUGCUUCCGUGAAGCGUACCUGUCUUAUGACAUUGACUUUCCUCAUUUUGGCCGGUCAGGUCAAGGUUAAGGGUCAACUUGGUGAAAUGGCCAAGUGUCUCGAGGACGAUGAUAAGAAGAUUGCCGAUCUCGCUCGCAUGUUCUUCACCGAGCUGGCAACAAAGGAUAAUGCUGUCUACAAUCACUUUGUCGAUAUGUUCAGUCUUCUUAGUGCUGAGCGAAAUCUGGAGGAGGCUUCCCUGCGCCGCAUCGUCAAAUUCUUAAUUGGUUUCGUUGAGAAGGAGAAACAUGCUCGUCAAUUGGCCGACAAGCUGGCUGCUCGUCUGCCCCGCUGCGAGACAGAAAGACAGUGGAACGACGUCGCGUAUGCACUUUCACUGCUACCGCAUAAGAAUGAGGAAAUCACGAAGACUGUCACAGCUGGUUUCACCAAGGUUGUAAGCGCAGCUGCUUAA